GGAAGUUAGGGCUCAGUAGAAUGAGCAGGGAGGCUUGGACACAGUUGGUGAGCGCUGUUAACCAGAGGCUUUCUCCUUUUCCUCCCUGACGUAACUCGAAAGCGGGAUUGUGUCGCUGUAAAAACCUGACCAGCUACAACCUGUUUCGCAGCCAGCAGCAGCUCCCGUGUCAGGCCGGUGCCGAACCGUUUUUGAAAAGAACCAAGCGCAUCAGAGAAAGGGUGACUUCCAGCGGGGAUGACGGUUAUAACUGACCCCUCACACACUCCAGCGGCGGCUAUAUCUCCGCACCGACUCUGUUUUCAUUUCUGGAUUAGCGCGGUGGGGUCCAUUGAAACGCUCUCAACUUUUCAGAGCUGUUUAGAGACGAAGCGUUUACAUCCUCGGUUUUAUCUUUUGUUAAUAAAAAGGAAAUGUGUGAAUGUGUUAUAAAGUGAAGACGGAAUUUCAGACAGACAAGUUCUUUUAGGAGAAAUCGAGCCACGUCUCAUGGAUGAGCUAAUGCCGAAAGCUUCACCCAGCUUCCUCUUAGAAAACCGAAACCGACCGAAUAUUUCCUCUUUUUUUCCUAACAUGGAGUGUAAAAUUUCAUCAAAAGUCCACUUAGCAAUGUUUAGUUUUUGAUGAAUGAAUGAAGGUUCUGCCCAUAAAUAUAUUUAGCAAGUGUCAAAGUAGUCAGUGUGAGUAAGGUGCCUUCCGGUGACAAUUUUCAAAAUAAACACCACAUCGUGCAAGGUGCAUGGUUUCCGGGACAAUGAAGAUGGUGGAAAAGCACAAAUAAGACAACUAUUAGCAGCUGGUCUUCACAUAAAGUUUUGUAAUACCUGUUUCUGGCCAACUAUCGCUAUGUGACAGACAGGGUUCGCUCUUAUAGAAAUGCAAAGUGGUGUUCUGUAGUGAUGUCUUUGUCUUACAAAGGACAAAUGUAAGUGCAGUGAAUUGCAAACGUUUAUACAGUUUCUUACAUGAGUUGUGCAUUUCUCACAGACUUUAACAGCUUUGCUAUCCACAAAAUGAAUUGGCUUUAUAAUAAUAAUCAUAAUAAUUCCAACAGUGUCAUUUAGCAUCUUGGCAGCUUGGGAAAAAAAGGCAACUAGGCUUUUAUUAUUUAUUUUGAAGACAUUUCACCUCAUAUCCAAGAAGCUUCUUCAGUUCUAAAAUCAAAACGUUGAGAGUCCCCCCCAAUGACCACUUCCAAAGGAGGCAACCCCCCCGCUAGGGUUUAAAUCCUGGGACUCUCCACCUUUUGGUUUUAGAACUAAAGAAGCCUCUUGGAUAAGACGUGAAAUGUCUCCAAAAAAACUAAAGAAGUCUAGUCACCUUUUUUUUUCUUUCAAGCUUUUCAGACAACCAUGACCUGAAUGGCUGAGAAUCUACACAGAAAAAUUUGUAAAGUGUUGAUAAAGUCAUGGAGAGCCUAGUGCAUUACAGUAACCCCUCCCAUGCCCUGUCAUUGCUGGGGGCUCUGAAUGAGCAGCGGCUACGGGGACAAAUGUGUGAUGUGGUCCUGGUUGUGGCAGAGCAGAGGUACCAGGCUCAUAAGAGUGUUCUGGCUGCCAGCAGUGAGUAUUUCCAGUCCCUUUUCUCACGGAUGGACGCAGACUCACUGGCAGUUGUAAACCUGGACUUCUGUGAGCCCGACGCCUUUGAGAUCGUUUUGAAUUACAUUUACUCCUCCUCACUCUUUGUGGACAAAAGCAGCCUGGCGGCCAUUCAAGAGCUGGGAUAUAGCCUUGGAAUCCCUUUCCUCACCAACAUUGUGUCAACAAGGCCACAUGCAUCCUACUGUGUGUCUAGAAAAAGGCUUUCGUUCUCAGAGGGGGAUGAGAAUGAUAUGCACACAAGGAGUGUCAUUGUGUGUCGGGUCCGGAAUGACACAGCCCAUGCCUCUCGCUCACAUUAUCAGAGAAAAAUAUCUGAGAGAUCAACAUCUCCCCACUCUACUCGAGGGUCCAUUCGGCCUCCACCAGAACACAAUUCGUAUGAAUCGAUCAGAAACUCUGAAUCCUGCAGGAAAUCCCCUGAACAGAGUGAACCUCUGGAGAGGAAGUAUGCCUCCAUUUUAAAAGGGAAUUCAUCACAUCUUACAUCAGUGAGGCCUCAGCUCACAUCAUCAGUAUCUUUUAGUGAUGCUGAAGUGCAGCACAUCAGGCUGCAGUCUGGUCCUGACCAGGAUGAUAAAGAGGAGAAUGAGGAGCGGGAGUCCCACUAUAAUACCAAAGUGCCCUUUCAGAGUCAGGCUAGUGAGCCAAGCCAGACCAUUGACAGGAGUGGGCCACUGAUAAAAAGCCUACUCAGGAGGUCAUUAUCCAUGGAUAGCCCCGUUCCAGUCUUCUCGCCCACACUGGAGCUCAAGGAGCUGCAGAAUCGAGAUCAGUCAGUUGUACAAAUGGCAUCAAAAACGUCUGUGCCAGAAACGUCCACCCACAACGGCAACUCAAAAAGAACAUCUCCUCUGGUUCUCAGGUCAAAGUACACCGGCAGGUAUGAUGGAGAAACUCAGGUAGAAAGAGGGGUCAGUGUGAAAGCUGAGCCUAGCAGUCCACUUGCUGACCCCAUGGACAUUGUACGCAUCACAGUUGGAGAUUCUUUGCCAGUUAAUCUUAAAGACUUUCAAACAAAUUAUGACCAGUGUUCCAGGGAAGACUUAAAUCCUGUGGGGAAAAGAAAGGACAGGCCAGAUAACAGACGAUACCCAUUAAAGAAGAGCAAAUUAUUUAAAGAACAUGCCCUCUCAGUUGACAUGACUAUGUCAAAAACGGUACCUCAGCAUGCCAGCAAUGACCCUAAUGAGGACAGUGGGGAGUCACCUCAGAACAAGAUUUUCAAAUGCUGGAAUUGUUUAAAGGUUUUCCGGUCCGGUGCUGGACUUCAUCGUCAUGUGAAUAUGUAUCACAACCCGGAAAAGCCGUAUGCUUGUGACAUCUGCCACAAGCGUUUUCAUACCAACUUCAAAGUGUGGACGCACUGCCAAACUCAGCAUGGUGUAGUACAAAACCCAGCAUCAUCCUCCAGCUCCUCCGUUUUGGAUGAGAAAUUUCAAAAGAAGUUAAUAGAUAUUGUGAGAGAGAGAGAAAUAAAGAAAGCGUUGCUUUGGAAGCUAAAGAGGAAUAAGCAGGGUUUGCAGUCUCCUGCACUUGCAAAAAAAAGAUCAAGGCCCAGCUCCAUAUGUCCAUAUUGUGGCAAGGUAUUUGUGUUCCAGUCUCAGUACAGGCAGCAUUUGAGGACACAUCCUGCUGAAAAAGCUGACCAGGACACAGCGAGGGAGAGCAUCCUCUACCAGGAACAGGAUGAGAUCAUUCAACAGAAGAACCCUGACACGGGGGUUUACUCCUGUAGACUUUGUAAUAUGAAGCUGUCAUCACUUUUGGAACAGGGUGACCACGAGCGAGGCUGUCGCCAUGCAACCGUGUGCCCUUACUGUGGCCUCCGAUUCUCAAGUCCAGUUGUCAAGAAGGACCACGAGGCACAUUGCAAGUACAAGAAACUGACAUGCCUGGAAUGUAUGCGCACCUUCAAAUCCUCCUUCAGCAUAUGGCGCCAUCAGGUGGAGGUUCACAACCACAAUAUGAUGACUGUUAAAGACCAGAUUCUCCUGAAGCAACAAGAGAACAACGAAGAGGCAUCUGAAAUGCUAAAGGAGGAACAUUACAGUGAUGAGCCUCUAACAUGUGAGAGCACAAGAGAGAACAUCAGUUAUAGUGAUUCCUCAGGUCCACCUAUGUAUGAUUCUGAAGACUCCUCAUCCUAUGUGCCUGAAGACCUGAGCAUGGGCCACCACGGCAAGCUGGUAGUGAAGGAAGAGCCAUUAGAAGAGGCUGUGAGUGACAGGGACAACCCAGAUGCUGCCAAAACCGGCCUGGAAGAACCCGGUGUGUGGCCAUGCGAGAAAUGCGGAAAUCUUUUCAGCUCUCGCAAAGACCUGGAACGACACCAGGAGCUGCUAUGCCACAUCAAACCAUUCAUCUGUCACAUCUGCAACAAAGCCUUCAGGACCAACUUCCGCCUUUGGAGCCACUUCCAGUCCCACAUGUCGACUGCUAAUGAACCCGGAGCCAAAGAGAUCGACAGACACCCCUCACCUCUGACCCCUUCCCCUCCACUUACCCCUUCAGAACGUCCCUCCCCACAGGCAUCUGUGCUCAUAUCUACUCAGGCGGCACCAGCCGCCGCUGCAGCAACGUUGACUGAGGAGUCCAGCAGCCCAGAUCCCUGCAACUCAUCGGUAAGCAAGACCAAGAGGCCUGAACUGGAACGGCAAACCAGCAGCCAAAGCCCUCUAUCAAGGUCAAACAGCGUGGAGAAUCCAGGUGGCCCUCAGGAAUCAGACACACUCUUUUACCAUGCACCGUCUCUCUCUGCCCUGACAUUUAAGAGGCAGUACAUGUGUAAACUCUGCCACAGGACCUUCAAGACGGCUUUCAGUCUGUGGAGCCAUGAGCAGAGUCACAGCCACAUAUAAGCAUCAGAUGGCUGAUAGCAGUGAGUUUCUCUUGGGAGACAAUACUUAGUAUUUGAAUAAACACACCUCAGCCUACAAACAAAAGACUUUGAAUGUAUAGCUUAUUCGCUUGCCUCCAAUGUCAUAUAUUAAAGUGGCCAUGUUCAUUUAGAGGUGUAAACGUGAAUGUGCAAUCAAGUGCUAGAUUCCUCUGUGAGAAGAGAUGACUAUAAAUGUUUUUUUUUCUUGCAAAAUGAUCUAUAUGAAUUUAUCUGUUUGAAACCUCUUUUUAGUUGUGUAGUUGUGUUGACCUAUUUAGGUAUCUUAAGAAAACAAGGUACAGAGUUGCACCCCUCAGUGCUUUUCGCUGUGCUACUUUUGACUUAAAGGUACAGCAGAAGACGGGACAACUAUUUACUUUGUUCUCCCAGAGUGUGGAAAAGUGCUUUAAAUCUUUUGGAGGCUGCGGUUCAUUUAAAGAUUAGAGCUUUUGCUUUUGUAUAAACAUGUGAGUGACAUCCCUUAAGAUAUUAUUGGUGGCCUCAAUAAUGUAUUCAAUAUGCACUUUUUUGAUUCUGGUAGGAAGAUAUAAUCCUCAAUGAUAACUUGGAUCAGUUUGUUUCCAUAACUGAGAGUUUAGGCUGCAGGAGUAAAAGUGACAAAAAGUAUCUGUAUAAUUUUUUUUUUUUUCAUGCGUAGCAUUCGUUUGUUCUUAUAUUUGAGUCUCAUAUUGCAUUUGUGUCAACUGGUUUAAUGGGAUGCUUAGUAUAAGAAUUAAAGUUAAACCAUGUACUGUACUUAGAGUCUUCAUUCAGUACCCACAAAGUACAGUAGCUUCCUAAUAAUUAGCUUGCUGAAGCAGUUCCACUGUUACGCAUUAAUGAAACAAUGCAAUCAAGUAAAAAAAUAAGUUUUGUUUUCUGAAGUUAAAUGACUGUAAAGUCUCUAAAUAAAAAGGUGCUCAGACCAAUGCGCUAGUAGCCAUGCAGCCAGUCACUGAAAAUAAUGGGCUGGAUUGAUUUCAUAGCAUCCUAAAAAGUAGAUAUCAUUCCAGUAUUCGGCUCAUCACACUAGCUGCUCAUAAUCAAUGUGAAAUAUUUUCGUUGAGCAAGCGUUCAGAAGAUUUAAAAAAAAUGCACUGCAGUAUAGUAAUGAAUGACAAAUUAAAAACCAAAAGUAGUUUGUUUAUAUGAAACAUCACAUCUGAAUCAUUCAAAUCUGCCAGCUGAGUACAGCUUCAGUGUUAUGUAAAUACACUGAUAGAAAUUUCACAAUUGAACACACUAGAUAAUUAAGUGAGCUUUUUCAGUGCUUUGAUGGCCUUAUGCAACUUUACAAAAUAUUUUGUCUAUUAUUUUACACAAAAGCACAACAGCUUCAGACGACUUACGACUCAGGCAUUUCAAGGUGGCGGCAUCAAGAGGAGGGAGGCACGAGGCGGCAAAUCUUUUAUUCUAUGAAUGGUCACAGAGUGUCCCUGCUUCCUAAAGAUUUCUUAGAAAAAUAAAGAUUGUGUUUUGAUUGUAUUCCAGUUGUUUUACAAAUGUAUUCUUGUACAAGUAUAUACUUCUGCUUCGGCUUGAUAGAUUAGAAGUUUGUCAUAAAUUAUUAUUGCUGUUUGGGAGACUUCAGAACUCCACAUGACUCUGUUUUUCACUAAAUGAAUAAUGCAAGCUGCAUUGUGAUGUUAAAUUCUUUGCGGAAUUUCUGUAUUGAUAAUAGUGCUCUUAAUUUCUUGUGAGAAAGACUUUCUGAAAGUUUCACAGGAAUGCUUAUAGACUUGUGUACAUGGAAGUGUUUGUAUUCUUGAUUUUGUACCAAUUUUGUUAGUAAACAAGAGUUUGAUCUUUUUAGUAUUCCUGUGCUCUCACUGCAAUAAUGAAUAUUUGUAUCAACAUUGGUUGCAUUACUGUUGCUUUUUGAGACUUGCAGCUGUUUUGUGUUUAGGUUUUUCUACAGUUUUUGUGCUUCACUUCUGUAAUAAAGAGUAACA